GCUUAUUAUGAAGUAUGUGCACAUCCGUACAGGGGACUAAUGCAUCUGCAUGAGGAGGUUACGGCCAACAAAGCAGAUGGCUACAAGCCAGCCAUUGCACACCGGGACUUCAAGUCUAAGAAUGUCCUACUGAAGUCCGACUUGACAGCCUGCAUUGCAGACUUUGGACUGGCUCUUAUCUUCCAGCCUGGGAAGCCAUGUGGUGACACACAUGGUCAGGUAGGAACACGGAGAUACAUGGCUCCUGAAGUUUUGGAAGGUGCCAUAAACUUUUCGAGAGAUGCGUUCCUUCGCAUUGAUAUGUAUGCCUGUGGCUUGGUACUCUGGGAGCUGGUAUCUAGAUGCACAGUUCAGGAGGUAAGUCGCUGAUUGUAUAUGUGCUCAUUUGUUUAUCAU